AUGGGGGCUGAGCGGAUGCUCAGCCACCCCGGGUCUUCCCACGUCUGUGACCACAACACCCCUCCCAGCCGAGACUUUAUAGAUCAACAAACGGAUGUUCAGAAGCUGGUAGAAAAAGUGGAUAUAGAUGCAGCUCAUGACAAAGCAAAGGAGAGUAGUGGUAGACAUGAUGGAGGGAGCAGGUCUACAGAUGGAAACGCUCACACUGAUGAUGAGGAUAGUCCAAAAGGAGGCCAGCUGAUUGAGCUCGCAAGCAACUCUUCUCUAAUGCACCUAUCCAUGGAUGGUACCAAAAAGAGCUCAACAAGUGUCAAGAGGGCUCUGUUUGCCCACAGAUGCCUCAAUGCUUCUGCAUCAACAUCCCCUCAAAGUAUGUCAUCGAUUCCACACCAGGAGCUGUCUCCUCUUUACCCAUCACCCAUACUCUCCUGCUCCCUUGCUAAACCUCUGUUCAGCUCUUCAUCCUCUGGUUCCACCACUGCACAGACAGCAAAGCCUUUGCUCAAAGUUCCAACCCCUGGUCAGAGCCUGGGCUUAGACUCCUCGGGGCCUUCAUGUUCCCCAGCAGACCAAUCUGUUCAGAGCCAAGUCUGUCCUCCUGUAAAGGACCAGCUGUCUGCAGAAAAACUGUCUGUGAGUGACGUCGGACUGGUCCACAUUAACCCACAUCCCACUUGGCCUCAAGGGUCCAAGAGCCUCCUGAGUCACCUCCCUCUGCACUCGCAGCCGCCCAGCAGAAUUCCUAACUCCCUGAUUUCCAUCGGAGGGAUUCAUAUGAUCCAGCCCAGAUCCACGCUCCCACUGUACAGCCUGGUGGGCCGCCAAACAGCACCUGGAGCUGACCCCUUUAAUGGAAAGCUGACUGUGCCAUACCAACAGAAAUCACCCAAAGAGGCAGUGCUUCCCAACAGCUGCGCUUGUUCACAGAGUUCUGAAGCUUCAGGACAGGAAGGAUAAGAUAUGUCCACUAGUAAGCAGUCAUGAAGUCCAGGGCACUUACAUGACAUGGACCAGCACAUUUACAUAAAAAAAAAA